GUUAUAGAGUGGUCCGCGCAGUUCGCUUGCAUUUUGCAUCUGGAAUCUUUAUUAUCAAGCAGAUACCUAUUUUUUGAAGCAUGAUGAAACUUCCCAAACGACCCAACGAUGCAGUCCACUGGUACAUGAGUGGCAUCACCUCGAGGAUCGUGGCAGAAUCUGGUCGUCCGGAUGACAGGUUUCAUCUGGGCAAGAUUUUGUUUCAGAGCUUCAAGGACGUCCCAGACUUUCUUAUGCAGAUCGAUGGAGCUACCGGAGAAUCGGAGACUAGUGGAUCAGCCCUUGAGAGGACGGUGCGAUGCGCAAACGCUCUGCGUAAUAUCGGCUUAGAGUGCGGUGACGUCAUAGUCCUCAUGGCGCCCAGCCACAUAGACCUGGCGAUUCCUUUUUAUGCCGCUUUUUACUUGGGCGUCAUUGCUGCGGCCGUAGACAGGACUUUGGGUGUUGAGGAGCUCCGCGACACUUUCGCUGUGAACCGGCCUAAAAUCGUUUUCUGUCAGAGCGAGAAGGCACCAGAUAUACAACUGGCUCUCAAUGAACUGGAGCUGGACACCAGAAUAGUCACCUUCGACAAGGGGGAGUUUCUAUGCAGCUUCUCAGAGUUUUUGGACGAGUUCGAUGAUGGCACGUCGGUGGAUGAUUUCAAAUUCAAUGAUUUCGAUCCAGAAGAAGCUAUAGCACUGUUGAUAGCGACCAGCGGUACAACAGGCCUGCCUAAGGCUGCUGCGAUCACUCAUAAGAACUUUGCUAUAAAUGGACCUUAUUUGUGGUCCCGUUGUACCAAUUUCCCAUCGCCAACUCGCAUGGCCUUAGUGGUGGCGCCGCUGCAAUGGUUGACGGCAUUGAUGAACUUCAUCCUCUCUCCUAUAAUGAGGUACACCAGGCUGCAGACUUCUACUGCAUCAACUCAAGAGCAUACGUACGACCUGAUAAAUACUUACAAGCCAACAUUUGCCAUCUUCAGUCCAACGCUCAUGACGACUCUCAUAAAGCCGGGUAACCGCGAUGCGUGUGACUUCACCUGUUUAGAGCUGAUCAUGUUGGGGGGCAGCGCUGUGCCCCAGGAAUUGAUUAAUGAAGUUAAGGAAAUGUCACCCGACACGGAGGUAGUGAAUUGUUAUGGCAUGAGCGAGCUGUGCACCAUCGGUUUCCAUGGGGCCGGGUCCGCACCGCCUGGGUCAUGCGGCUCUCUUAUGGGAUGCUUUCAAUAUAGACUGGUCGAUACGGAGACUCUGGAAGAUAUCGUCGAGCCAAACGUGCCAGGAGAGCUGUUAAUCAAAGGGCCAGGAAUUUUCAAGGGAUAUUAUAAUAACUCUAAAGCUACCGAGGAGACCUUCGCCGAAGAUCGCUGGUUCAAAACUGGCGACACUUUCUACAGAGAUGCCAGUUGGAACUACUAUUUUGUGGAACGAAUCAAACUGCUUCUGAAGUAUAAAAGCUAUCAAAUAUCACCCGUAGAAGUAGAGAACGUCAUCCGUCAUCACCCUGGUGUGCUAGACGUGGCAGUAACAGGUAUACCUGACCCAGAGAGUGGGGAUCUGCCGGUCGCUUGCGUGGUGCGGCGACCCGAAUCCGACGUCACUGCGCAGGAUAUCAAGGACCUGGUUAAAGGUACUCUUUCGGAUUCCAAACAACUUCGUGGCGGAGUCAUAUUCAUGGACGCCAUUCCGAUGACGGCUUCUACCAAAGUACAUCGACGGAAGCUCAAAGAACUAGCUCUGGUUAUGGACAAAGAAUAAAGCAUUGGUAGAAAUAGAUCUGAAAUAAUAGGAAAAUAAGCACAAAAUAAUAGUAUUAGGAUAUAGUAUAAAGAUCUCGCACAUUCUCCAAAUUGCCGAUUGCUGUAGAUGCUUUUAGUUCUAGAAUUAGAGCAACUACAACAGGGUAGUUGACACCGUUAAAAAAACCUCACAUUAGUUCGUGAACUCGAUUAACUAACAAUUUAUUUAUUUGAACUAAAAACCAACUCAAAUAAAUUAAAAAAUGUUAUAAAAAUAUUUAAAAUCUUAUAAAAACCAACUUGCAUCAUCAAGUGUUAGAAUUAACCCUGGGUUGCACCACCUUACUUUAAUUGGAGCAAACGUUGAUGUUUAUUAGACAGUUGGUUUGGUUAUUUUAACUAAGUGAUUUAACUGGGCCUAAGUGUUUUUGUGUCUU